UCGCACAGGUGUGUGUGCGCGCGUCUCUAGACAGUAAACAUGGCCGACGGUAGCCGCCGGUGGAUACGGAGCAGCAGCCGUUUGCUCUGUUUUAUCCCAUUUGUCCUCAUCACUUCAUCAUUACAUGAAGUUAACGCCGCUCCAGAGAUGGGCCUGUGGACUAUUACAGUGCUUAAUACGUCAAGACCUUUAUUGUUAAAAAAAGCCAUGUAUAAGGACACUGACAUUCAGCUGAGAGUGGCGUCAUUCGGUUGUCCAGAAGAAGUGACAUUCUCCAUUCAGUGGUUUCUGAAAUACUACCCCUGUCACAAUGAGUACAACAAUAUUGAAGAGAUGUAUGAAAAGACGCCACUGAGUCGAGGUAAAAGUAUGGACCCGAACCCUUUCGGACCCGGAGAGUAUAUUCAGCACAAAUACAAGGAUUUAUCCUGCAGCAGUGACAUGCACAUGUUCCCCAUGCUCAAUAAAUCAAAAGCAGAACCGAAAGAAGUGAGAACGUCUCAGGUGGAAGGCGAGUUACAGGAUGGCAGCUUCACAAGUUCUUCUGUUGCUGAGGUUGGUUCAUAUAGAACGGAUCAUGUGAUUGCUACGACCUGGAGGGACGGGCCCUACCUGCUGGUAGUUCAGAUCAAUUCAAGCAAACAGGAUGCCAACUGGAAUUUAACCUUCAGUGUUGUGAUGAAGGGAACCCACGGCUAUCUCUCUGUCACCGAAUGGCCUCUCAUGAUCUUCUACAUGGUGAUGUGUGUGGUUUACAUCCUGUACGCUCUGCUGUGGUUCGUUUGGGCAUCUUGCUACUGGAAAGACCUGCUGAGGAUCCAGUUCUGGAUUGCAGGAGUCAUAUUCUUGGGAAUGAUAGAGAAGGCCGUCUUCUGUGCUGAAUAUCAAAACACAAACAACGUGGGCUCAGCAUCUCAGGGUCUGCUGAUUUUUGCUGAGCUCAUCUCUGCUCUGAAGAGGACUCUGGCCCGUUUGCUCGUCAUCAUCGUCAGUCUGGGAUACGGCAUUGUCAAACCACGUUUAGGCACCGUCAUGCACAGAGUGGUGGGUCUGGGUGUGCUUUACUUCGCAUUCGCCGCAAUUGAGGGCGUUCUGAGGAUCACUGGGGGUCGAGAUAAUGGACCAGCCCUCGUCACAUACGUUAUACUAGCUGUGUUUGAUUCUUCUGCUAUAUGGUUCAUAUUUGUCAGUCUGGCACAAACCAUUAAGACUCUGAAACUCAGAAGAAACCCAGUGAAGUUGUCUUUGUACAGACACUUCACCAACACACUCAUCUUUGCUGUUCUCGCCUCCAUCAUUUUCAUGGUUUGGACAACGAAGAAGUUCCGGUUAGCAGACUGUCAGGCGGACUGGAUGGAGCUGUGGGUGGAUGAUGCUUUUUGGAGGUUUCUCUUCUCCAUCAUUCUGCUGGUCAUCAUGUUUCUGUGGAGGCCGUCUGCCAAUAACCAAAGGUAUGCAUUCACACCGCUCAUUGAUGACUCAGACGAUGAGGAAAUCGAAGAAUUCCUGGUGUCUGCAAACAUUGCUGAUGGGAUAAAGCUGAGGGCAGCAAAGACAGAAACCAAUGGAACAGUGAAGCCUGCAGCAGCCAAUCCGGAUGAAGAUCUGAAGUGGGUGGAGGAGAAUAUUCCUACCUCUCUGUCUGAUGUAGCUCUUCCUGUUCUUCUUGACUCAGAUGAGGAGAUCAUGACCACCAAGUAUGAGAUGUCCAAAAUGGAGUGAGGUUGAGAAAGCGCUGCAGCUGAAGCAAACCUCCAGAGAUCAACCAAACCGCUGCUCCUGUAACUGGCAUCUGAUCCUCACCGGAGAGAGUCACAGACUCAGACUGUUUCCUUCCUUUGGUCCGGUUGGUUGGCGGCUUUUGGGUAAAAUGAAGGAAUCGUGCUGAAGAGGUGGACACAUCCAAGCCGAUCUAGACGCUGUACUACCUGAACUUUGUUGAGGUGUUACCUCUCUCUUUUUAUUUUUUUUUUCCUAAACAGUUGAAACGUCCGGAAGACUUUAACGUCAUCAUCAAUCUGUAUAAAGAGACGAUGAUCUAUGUUUAUACAAAAUUGUGAGCAUUCAAAUGGGUUAAACCAUUCUUAGCGCUGGUUUUUGUUUUGUGCGUGUGUCACUCCAUCCUGAAAAACAUUGAUAAGGAACUUCAAAUUGACCAAAGCGUCUUCUCAGUUAGUCUUUGGCUGUAUAUAAAGUGUUAUUUCAAACAUUUUGUCUAUGGUUUCAAUACAUGAUGUGAAUAGUAGAAUGUCUGUCGUAUGUGUUUGUGUGUGAGUUUGUGCAGGGAGUAAUUUAAAUGAGCAGAAUGGUUAAUUAUAUAUUCUGAAUAAUUUUAUGAAGUUGUUUUGUUUUGUAGGGAGCCCAGCUCAACUUUUCUCGCUUAAAAGGAGACUUCACCCCUAAAAUCAAAAUUUUUGUUGUUUAGUCACCCUCAUGUCAUCUCAAACCUAUAUGCUGUUAUUUAUGGCCUGUUUUUCAGCCACGGGUAAAAAAUAAAAGAGGUAACUGCAUCUCACAAUUUUGAGAAAAAAGGAAGUCAGAAUUUCAUGAUAUAAACUCAGAACUCUGACAUCUGGCUAUCUGGAGUUUUUAUCAUGCAAUUCUUUUUUUUUGCCUUUGAAUUUUACAUUUUCAUCACGCAGUUCUAUUUUUCGGUUUCACCAUGGAUCAAAAAUAAAGAUAACUGCGACUUUUUUUCACAAUUCUCACUUUUUCUUUCAGUUGCAGUUUAUAUCUCACAAUCUGAACUUUUCUUCUCAGAAAUGCACAUUUGAGUUUAUACCUUGCAACUCUAAGGAAAAAAAGUCAGAAUUGUGAAAUAUGAAAUCACAAUUAUUUGAUAAAUUUACCUAUUUUUUUAAUCAUGUGGCGGAAACAGUAGAACACAAAAAGAGAAGUUCUGAAGUGUCUUACGUCUUCUGAAAUAAUGUGAAAGGUUUGCAUGAGGAACAGAACCAAAUUUAACCCUCUGAGGUUUGAGAGCAGUGAAUAGCUUAAAUUUUGGUCUGUUCCUUACAGAAAUCUAUUGUAUGAGUUUUUUAUUUUUAUGAUGCAGUUUUGUGUUUUUUUUCUUUGUGUGAUGGAUUUUUGGAGCUUGAACUUUAAUUAUAUGAAGUAGUGUGAAGACAAAAGAAAUAUAGUUAAUAUAUGGGUUUGAAACAACAUUAGGGCAAGUCAUUUUCAUUUUGGGUGAAAUAUUCUUUUUGUGGAAAAGCGUAUGUAUCUUAAAUCUCUGUGUAGAUGCAUACUAAAGCCUUAACUCACUUCCGUUAUUGCGUUUUCCACUGUAUCACGGUGAAGUCGUCACUUUGCCUUUUCUCCCCUGGUCUCGGUUGGACAUUCUGUGACAUGUCUGCUUAACAGAACAAUGUGCGCUUUACCAUGCUGAACCGUGGUAAACAGAAUGACUGGUAAACUUCAGAAAGAUGUCUUUUUAUUUACUUUAUGCAUCCUUGAAGCUAAACGAAAUAUGUUGUGGAAUAUCUUCAGAUUUGUGUAUAUUACAAAGCGCACUUUAAGUGGAUGUAAUUUCUUUUGGUCAUGGGAUGCAGAUUAGUUUAUCUGUUUGAUGCUGACCUUGUUUUUCAUGUGUCUUUCUGUUUUCUUCAUAAAAUCUUUCCAAUGGUUUUUUUUGCCUUUUUUGCUUUACGGUCAGCUGGCCUCCUCAAACGUGACACUCUCACACUCUUCAAAAAGCACACUUGAUGUCCCGUAGAGCUCAAUUCCUCCUGUUUUCUGUCUACAUGCAUGUUUAUCCAUGUUUUAUACAUGUUCAACAAUGUGGGUUGCAAUAAAGACUCUUUAUUACAGUCAA